AUGAAGUGCAAAUUCGUGAGGGCCAAGAUGGAGUAUCUUGGCCACAUCAUCAGCAAUGAUGGGAUCCAGACUGACCUGAAGAAGAUCAAGUCAACAAGUGACAACCAGAACUGGCAUGUCAUGGCCUACAGGAGUAAGGCGCUCAACACCACAGAGUGCAAGGGCUACAUGAUCAUGUUCUUCCUGAACAAGUGGAGACACCUGCUGCUAGGAGUGGAGGUGGAGGUCCUAUUGGAUCGCCAUGCUCUCCAAUGGCUGUUCAACCAGUGA